CCUUCCUUUCCGCGUUAGCCCCCGAUUCACACAUCCAGCCAGCCUUGGGCAGCCUCAGUUUUUAACAAACUAGCCAAUUCCGAGCUUCUCGACAGCGAUCGCCAACCUACCGUGGAUCCCUAGCACGCGGCGGCAUACUUGUCGCGAUUUCUUUAUACUGUACUACUACUCGCUAUUCCUCGGUAUAAUUUACGGGAGGUCGAUCGCUGCCGGCAAAUCUUCCCCUUCCCGGCUGACCAGAGACAGUUUCAACCUUCUUGAGCCGCGCGCGCGCUUCCCCUCGUCGUCGUGAUCAAGCAACCCCGGCGAAGACUUCCGGCGGUUCGAUUCGAUUGUUCGGCUCUUCUCUCCCCCGUCCGGCUGGAUGGCAUUGGACGUGAUACUCGUCCGGCUGCUGCUCGUCGCGGCCGUCGCGAGCGUCCUGGCGACGCCGGGCCGCGCGGGCGCCGGCGCCGGGCUCGCGAUCGGGUUCUACAACGAGACGUGCCCGAACGCGGAGGAGCUGGUGCUGGAGGAGAUGCGGAACAUCGUCCACAAAGACAGGAGCCUCGGGCCGGCGCUGCUCCGGCUCCUCUUCCACGACUGCUUCGUCAGGGGGUGUGACGGGUCGAUCAUGCUGAAAUCGAAGAGCCUCAAAGGGGAGAGGGACGCCAUACCGAUGAGCAUCAGCCUGCGCGGCUUCAACGAGGUCGAGAGGAUCAAGGCGAAGCUGGAGGACGCGUGCCCGCUCACCGUGUCUUGCGCCGACAUCAUCAUCAUGGCCGCGCGGGAUGCCGUGCACCUGACCAACGGGCCACGGUUCCCGGUGGAGACCGGGCGCCGGGACGGCAAGGUGUCCUCCUGCGCCGACGCGGAGAACGACCUGGCGCCUCCGGGCGCCAACAUUGUGGACCUCAAGACCUACUUCAGCUUCAAGAGCCUGUCCUGGAAGGACCUGGUGGUCCUCUCCGGGAGCCACACGAUCGGGAGGGCUGAGUGCGCCGCGUUCGCCGCCGACCGGCUGUACAACAACAGCGGGAAAGGGGUGCAGGACCCGACGCUGGACAAGAAGUACGCGCCGGACCUGCGGGCGCUGUGCGAGCCGGGCAACCUCAAGGACCAAACGAAGGCGGACAUGGACCCCGGGAGCUCGCACGAGUUCGACCUGAGCUACUACCGGAACGUGUACAGCAACAAGGGCAUCUUCGUCUCCGACCAGGCGCUCCUCGACGACAGGUGGACGCACGACUACGUGGAGAGGAUGGCGACCGCGGAGUCGCCGGACGAGUUCUUCGCCGACUACGCCGCCGCCAUGAUCAACAUGGGCAGGAUGGAGGUGCUCACCGGCGACAACGGCGAGAUCAGGAAGAUCUGCAGCGCCUGGGUUGACUAAUUGGAAACCAAGCACACGCGGUUGGUCGAUGUGAGAGAGAGUUGGUGGUGCAAGUGCUUGGAUUGAUCAUCGUCAUGUCUCGCGUUGACGCGGCCACGACGGUGCGUGGGAGCCAGCCGCACGGCACUUUGCAAUAUUCUGUCGACCUGGUCAGGGAAUUUGACAUCGCCACGCGGCGAAUUUUCCUCACCGUCGGCAAGACUAGGUUUUGUUUGUAAAAAGUCAUAUCUUUGUUCUUGACCGCUUGGCCUUUGAGAUUCAGUGAGCUGUAAUUGUUUGCUUGCUAUGGUCA